AUGGCUCCAAAAGAUACAAACGCUGUGACUGUCACUGCUGAAUCGGAGAAGAAAAAGGAGACUGAUCCAAAGAAACUCAAGAAAAAGGAAGAUGAAAAUGAUGACAGCAAUCUGAGUGAAGAGGACAAGGAACUAAAAGAGCGUCUCGAAACUUGUGUCUCUACUGUCCUCAAUGAAAAAAAUGAAGCUAAUGUGACAAUUCCAAUUCGCCUGACCGCGUUGGACGUGAUUGUCAAUGAAUUGCGAACGGCCACUGCGUCCAUGACUUCCGUGCCAAAGCCACUCAAGUUCUUGAGACCUCAUUUCGCAUCGAUCAAGGAUUUGUACAAGACAAUGGAGAAUUCUACUGGUCUAGCAAAUGAUGCCUUGGAGUUUCGAGCACGACUUGCGGAUGUCCUUGCUGUUCUAGCCAUGACAAUGGGAAAGCCUCAGGAUCGUGAGAGUCUAAAUUUCAAGCUUUCUGGAACUAAGGACUACGAAACAUUGGCAUCAAAGGGAGCGGCAUCCAAACAUGCCGAGGACAACUUGGGGAGCUGGGGUCACGAGUUUGUUCGUAGCUUAGCUGGAGAGAUUGGACAAGAAUAUAAUCAACGUGUCAUUGACGGCGCUGAUCUGGAUAGUGACGAACCCUUCAAGGAUAUCCUUGCUAUGGUGCACGUAAUUGUCCCUUUUCAUCUUACCCACAACGCUGAAGCCGAGGCAAUUGAUCUUUUGAUCGAGGUUCAAAGGCUCAAGUUCUUGCUGCAGCUUGACAGCAUCAAUGAACACAACUACCAACGAAUCUGCCUAUACCUGAUCAAGACUGCCGGCUACAUGUCAGAUCCUGAUGACUUGCAAGAAAUGUUUGAUACCGCCUUUGAAAUUUACAAGAAGCAAAAGCAAUAUUUUGAUGCACUUCUCGUUGCAUUAAAGAUGGACAAACUCGACGAAAUUCCAAGCUUGCUAUCUGAGUGCGAAGAUGUUGUUGUAAAGAAGCAAAUGUGCCUCAUUUUGGGCCGACACAGAGUAAAUUACGAAGUUGAGGAUGAUCCAGAUGAGGACGAAUUGAAUGAGCUUAUCGGAAACGAAAAGCUAAGUGAGCAUUUUCUCAAGGUCGCACAAGACUUGGAUGUGCUAGAUCCCAAGACUCCGGAAGAUAUCUACAAGUCUCAUCUCGCUGAGACUGGUGGAUUCAGCAGGCGGAGAGAUACCAGCGGUGCUCAAGUAGAUAGUGCCCGGGCUAAUCUUGCAUCCACCUUUGUCAAUGCAUUCGUAAAUGCUGGAUUCGGAAAGGAUAAAUUGAUGACUCCCGAUAGCGAAUGGCUGUACAAGAAUAAGGAACAUGGAAUGAUGGCUGCUGCUGCAUCUCUUGGAUCUAUCUUGCUAUGGAAUGUAGAAGAAGGAUUGACCCAAAUUGAUAAAUUUCUCUACAGUAACGAGGAGUAUGUCAAGGCUGGAGCAGCUUUGGCCGUGGGGAUCUUGAGUAGUGGUGUUCGAAACGAUGCCGACCCUGCGCUUGCCUUACUUAGCGAGCACGUUGAGGGUGACAGCCACAUUAUGAAGUGCGCUGCCUGCACUGGACUUGGUAUUGCAUACGCCGGGUCUGGCCGUGAAGACGUCAUGGAAAUGCUUGUUCCUGUGGUUGAGAGUUCUGGAGGUGGUGCUACCAAUUUUAUGGAAGUUUCUCUUGCAGGCUUGGCUCUUGGUAUGAUUUUCGUCGGAAAGUGCGACGACACUGUUGGUGGCACCAUCGUACAACGAUUGAUGGAGGCCACUGAUGAAGAGCUCGAUCACUCGCAUGCUCGCUACCUCUGCCUGGGUCUUGCACUCUUGUUCCUUGGGCAAAUGGAAAAGGCGGACGCGAUGAUGGAGGCCGUUCGAACAAUCGAACACAAAAUCUCCAAGUAUGCCGUCAUCAUGUUGGAAACAGCUGCAUAUGCAGGAUCUGGAAAUGUCUUGAAGGUGCAAGAGAUGCUUCACCAAUGCGCAGAGCAUCUGACUGAAGACGCGGAACACCAAAUGGCCGCUGUAUUGGGUAUUGGUUUGAUCACCAUGGGAGAAGAUGUUGGUUCCGAAAUGGCGUUGCGAUCGUUCGACCAUUUGCUACACUACUGUGAAUUGCCAAUCAAAAGGGCUGUUCCACUCUCAUUGGCAGUGUUGAAUAUCUCCAAUCCUGAUUAUGCCGUUAUUGAUCAAUUAUCCAGGCUGUCACAUGAUCCCGAUUCAGAAAUCUCCCAGAAUGCGAUCAUUGCCCUUGGAGUUGUCAGUGCAGGAACAAACAACUCACGUGUUGCCGGUCUGCUUCGACAAUUAGGUGAAUUUUACAGCAAAGAAGCUGGACACGUAUUCUGCGUUCGCAUUGCCCAAGGUCUAUUGCACAUGGGGAAGGGUUUGUUGACUAUCAAUCCAUUCCAUGCGGACCGCAUGCUUUUGAACGGCCCAGCGCUUGGUGGUGUGCUUGUCUUGUUGCACUCAUGCAUGGAUCUAAAGAGCACGCUCCUGGACAAGAGCCACUACCUCUUGUAUUACCUGACAUGUGCGAUGAAUCCUAGAAUGCUCAUUACUGUCAACGAAGAUAUCGAAUGGAGACCUGUCACAGUCCGAGUUGGUCAAGCAGUGGAAACUGUUGGGCAAGCCGGAAAGCCAAAGCGCAUCACAGGGUUUCAAACGCAUACAACGCCCGUGCUAUUGGGGGCAACAGAUCGUGCUGAAUUGGGUACCGAAGAGGUUAUCAGCGUCAGCAAUAUCUUGGAAGGUGUGGUCAUUGUCAGGAAUAAUCCAGACUACGUAGAGCCUGAAGACAGCAAGAAAAAGUAA